AUGGGUGCAAACGAUGGAGGACUUUCCAUAGAGCUUGAUGAUGAGACGAAAUUUCGAAUUCUUCGCAUCAUAGCGGAGUGCCAUCCACUUCUAAAUGGACGAGCUGCCCCAGCGUGCUUCGAUGCGUAUCCAGCAUGGUUCUAUGUGUCACUGUCCUCCCUCUUCUACCGUAUCAGACGCAGCGACGGUCGCGUGUUGAUUGCGCAGUUCCGGAGCGGAUCCCUCAACAUGUUCCAUCUCGUGGACGCUGAGAUGCUGCGACGGACAUGGGAUGAUGAGCGCGUGCUCCAAUUCGCGCUCCGUGACUCCGAGAAA